AUGGAAGUAAAGCUAAAAGAUCGGGACUUCUGGUACAGUCUCCACGGCCAAGUCCCAGGGAUGCUGGAAUGGGACAUGGGGAAUGAAUUUUUCCUGCGUUGCACCACAGAUCAGUGUUCUUUUGCUGAGCAGAAUUUAGCCAAAUACAAAAUGCAACUGAUAAAACCACCAACACUGCCUCAGGAGAAGAAACCCAAUUCUAAUGAUGAUGGUCCUACCAUUGAACCCAACUUAUGGAUGUGGGUGAAUCCCAACCUUGUGUGCCCUGCCAUGCAUAAGGCUCCAAAUCCCAGUCAUACAUUUCCACCAAGUGCACCAUGGCCAAAGACUGAUGAAUCUGACUGCUUAGAGAAUAAUAAAGUGGUGCACCACACUGAGCAAUGUCAGCAACAAAACCUGCCCGUUAUCACCCGUGACACUGAUUUCAUAGAAAAGAAGAUAAAGGAAGAAUGCACAUCCUCUAAGAAAAACACCAAGAAGCACACACUGAACCAUGGCCUUCACCAGAAGAAGGACUCCUGGACACGCCCUCCUCUCAACUACAGCCAUGUAGUUGCUCUAGCAUUAAAAAAUGGCCCUUCCUGUGGCCUCAGGGUGCAACAGAUCUACAAUUUUACUCAACAGCAUUUCCCUUAUUUCCAGAAAGCACCAGAGGGCUGGAAAAACACCAUUUGCCACAACCUCUACUCCCUGGCCUACUUUGAUAAGUUGCCACUUGACCUUGAAGAUGACAUGGGUAGAAAGUCUCACUCUUUCCUCUGGAAGCUCACUGAUGAGGGGCACCGCUUCUUUCAGGAGGAAACCCGUGUCUUGGCUUCUGUUCGAAAGAAGAGCAUCAAACAGUGCAUGUGCCGGCCAGAGCUGCUAGACAUCCUCUUUCAUCUUUAA